CUCCCCAGCGGCAGAGCCGGCCCUGCCGCGACAGACGGACGCGCCCUCAGCUCCGCACGGAUCCCGGACGCUACUGGGACACACGCGGACCCAGGCCUCCCGGGCACCGCCAGCAGCUCCCGCAACCUCCCUCCGUCUGCCCCAAGAGGACUUUGCCGCCUGUCCGGAGCGCCCUGCCACCUGCAGCAGAUGGAGCUGGACCACAUGAAGAGCGGCGGGCUCCAUGCCUACCCGGGGCUGCGGGGCGGGCAGGUGGCCAAGCCCAACGUGAUCCUGCAGAUCGGUAAGUGCCGGGCCGAGAUGCUGGAGCACGUGCGGAGGACCCACCGGCACCUGCUGACCGAGGUGUCCAAGCAGGUGGAGCGCGAGCUGAAGGGGCUGCACAGGUCGGUGGGCAAGCUGGAGAACAACCUGGACGGCUACGUGCCCACCAGCGACUCGCAGCGCUGGAAGAAGUCCAUCAAGGCCUGCCUGUGCCGCUGCCAGGAGACCAUCGCCAACCUGGAGCGCUGGGUGAAGCGCGAGAUGCAUGUGUGGCGGGAGGUGUUCUACCGCCUGGAGCGCUGGGCGGACCGCCUGGAAUCCAUGGGCGGCAAGUACCCCGUGGGCAGCGAGCCAGCCCGCCACACCGUCUCCGUGGGCGUGGGGGGUCCCGAGAGCUACUGCCAGGAGGCUGAUGGCUACGACUACAGCGUCAGCCCCUACGCCAUCACCCCGCCACCCGCCGCCGGGGAGCUGCCAGGGCAGGAGCCAGCUGAGGCCCAGCAGUACCAGCCGUGGGGGCCGGGCGAGGAUGGGCAGCCCAGCCCCGGCGUGGACACGCAGAUCUUCGAGGACCCUCGGGAGUUCCUGAGCCACCUGGAAGAGUACCUGCGACAGGUAGGCGGCUCUGAGGAGUACUGGCUGUCGCAGAUCCAGAACCACAUGAACGGGCCAGCCAAGAAGUGGUGGGAGUUCAAGCAGGGCUCGGUGAAGAACUGGGUGGAGUUCAAGAAGGAGUUCCUGCAGUACAGCGAGGGCACGCUGUCCCGGGAGGCCAUCCAGCGCGAGCUGGACCUGCCGCAGAAGCAGGGCGAGCCGCUGGACCAGUUCCUGUGGCGCAAGCGGGACCUGUACCAGACGCUGUACGUGGACGCUGAUGAGGAGGAGAUCAUCCAGUACGUGGUGGGCACCCUGCAGCCCAAGCUGAAGCGCUUUCUGCGCCACCCGCUGCCCAAGACCCUGGAGCAGCUCAUUCAGCGGGGCAUGGAGGUGCAGGGUGGCUUGGAGCAGGCUGCUGGAGCCGGCUGGCCCUCACGCCCCCACUGAGGACGAGUCCGAGGCCGUCACACCAGCCCUCACCAAUGAGUCUGUAGCCAGUGACCGGACCCAGCCCGAAUAGAGGGCAGCCGGAGCCCCCAGCCUGCCCGCCACACCGGCCUGUGGCCUUUGCCAGCUGGGACUUUUGAGCUGGGGCUGACUCCUGCAGGGGAAGCUCUCGUCCUGCUGGGGGCCCUGCUCGGCCUCCCGGCCCAACUCUUGCACACACGCCAUCCAGAUGCGGGCAGUGCCCCAAAUAGCAAAGGAGCCCCUCUCCCCUGCAGGGCUCUGCCCCUCUCCCUCCCCUCCAUCUGUCUCCUCAGUCCUGGCCCACCCUCCACACUCAGGCCACCGCAGAACGUCCCCAGCUUCCUCAUUCUGCUUCAAUGCCUGGGCCCUCUGGACACUGAGAAAACCAAGUGUCUGGAUGGCUGUGGCCAGCAGUCACUGUGCUCACAGAACGCCCCAGAUCGGAAGCUAAGGCAGAACCAGUGCCCAGGAAACCUCGGCUUCCGGCACUGCCACCCUCUCCUGGCAUCACCAGAGCCAGCCGGCGCCCUCCCUGCCUGCCAGGGCAGCUGGCCAGCCCCGGGCAGCCUGGCUCCCUCCUCCCCGGAGAGCCAAAGCCGCAUAUGCAGCAGCAGCAGCCCGGAUGUCCUGGUGCCUCCUCGCCCUCAGCACCAGUGAUUCAUGCCAGCCUGGAGAAGGAGCAGAGCUCGGCUCGAUGACUCACCGUGGCAGACAGAGGGUCCCAGAGGGGCUGAGUCCUCAAAUCCGGCUGAGGCAGCAGCCGGCACCCUCAGCACCCUCGGAGCCAGGAGAGUGACAGCAGGUUUCAAGACUCCCACAAAGUCUUUGCUGCUGUGUCUGGCACCGCCACUGCCCUCUCAUCUUGCAAGCUGUCUACACAGAAGUCCCAGGACAGCCAAGAGAGGGAGGCUGCAGACAGAAGGCGGCUGUGGCCGAGGCAGCAUCCCCAGCUCAGCCCUGAGAGCUGGUAGGAAGACAGGCCAGCAUGAGGGCCAGGGCCUGCCGCUAUGCCCGCCCCGCUGGCUGCCAGCUGCCCGCCCCCAGAGCCACUGCAGCAGGAGUCGGAGGGCAGCUACUCUAAGCCGUACCUCCCUCCAGCAUGGGAACCCCUGCCUGCUGCAUGGCCAUUGUCUCUGCCAGAGCCCUCCAAGAGCCUUGAGGCUGGGGCCACUGCUCCUGCUCCUGCCCACGGCCCAAGCCCUGCCUAGGAGGUCCCGGAAGCCUUUGUUCCUGGGUGAUUCCAGGCACUCUGCCCAGGCUGGACCCCCACCCCCUGCCCCAGCACCAACACCCUGGUGCGGGCCAUUUGCAUCUGUGGCCCAACAGGCCCUGCUUGGGGGUUCCUAUUUCUGCCUUGUCCACUGGGGUUUCCAGAUUCUGGGGAAGCAACUCUGCAGACAACUCCAACAGGUCCUCCACCCUGCACCCAUGCCAGCCCCCCCAGAUUUUAUUUUUGACAUAAACCAUAACCCAUACUCAUAGGCAUAGGCUGCAGAGAAGCCGGGCCUGAGGAGACCCUGGGGACCUCAAGAGGGUGUGGCCAAUCCUCCCUUCCCCCUCUCCCCCUCCCGCCACCAAGAUCAGGCCUUGACUGUCUAGCCAGGCUGUGUGCACCCCUGCCAUCUUACCCUGAAGACAGACUCUUUUUCUAAGAUUUUGUUAAUAAAACACUGAAACUUC